AGCGACGGCUAGUGGGGACAUUUUAAAUUAGCAAACUGCGCUAAAGCGGUCGGAAAGUCGAGAACAUACCGCAGUUACCCCACAAAAUUCCACCAAACUCCAGAUUUUCCUCGUGAAUAUGGUGCUGCUCGCCUGAGAUGCUCCAGAGGACACACACAUGAGGACAGAUUUGCUCCAGGUCAGCCGCCCCCGUUUAUCGACUAGCAACUGCCACUUCAGAAUCUCCACCCCUGGCCCCGCCCUCCAGAGAUGACUGAUGCCCAGAAGGCCAACAAGCUCCCUGAAUGCCCCUCAGAGGGCGGGGCCACAGCAGAGGAGCAGGACAUGCCACUGAGACAAGAGACCACACCCACUAGCUCUCCGGCCGGCGAGGACCCAAUCAGCUCGCAGAGUCCUGACAAACAGCAAGCGCCCGGCUUGCUCUCAAUGCCCUGCUUACUAAAGGAGCUCCACAGAGACUCCGCCCCCGGGCAGCCGCAGGAAACCGCUCCAGUCCCGAGCUCUACCCAGUCAGGCCCGCAGGAAGACAGCGAUUCUUCAGUUUGUCUCCGGUCGCCUUCGUCUUCUGGUCAUCUUGGAGACUCUGAUACUCUAUCAUCUGCAGAGGAAGUAGCUGCACCCACUCAAACAGCUGGCAGGAAGUCACGGCGCUCGCAUUCAGAAAGCGACACAUCUACUGUCGCGAUGGCAGCCAAGAAGAACCGCUGCCAGGAGAAACAGGUGAAUGGUCGAGUGCGGGUUCGAGGACCGCGCAGCCAGAGGCAGAAGCAGCGCAUGCGGCAGCUGCGGCAGAAGAGGGAGGCGGCGGCCAGACGCAAACCUGACGUGCUCCAGGACAGCAGCACCAGCGACAGUGACAUCACAGCGCACUCGUCUUCAUCAUCGCCCUUAACGGCUUCAUCCGACAACGAGGGAGAGACAAUCAACUCUCACGCACCAGCUGGCCAUCGCCGAGCCGACACUUCUGGAGCAUCAGCACGUGGGCGGGGCCAACUCGACUUGGGCGUGGCCAGCGGGAGCCUGGGCGGAGUCUUGGAGGAAGCUCUGACACGAUUCGCAGCGAUGCAGAGACAGACCGAGGAGCGCUUUCGCGUGUGGAUGGACAGACUGACUCGCCUGCACUCAGACGACGACCUUUCGUCCAGUGAAAAUCCAGAGGGGCGGAGCCACGUCAGCUCCUUCCUGCCAUCAUCAGAAUCGCAGGAAACACUGGCGGCUUAUCAGAUGGCGCGACUCAACGCCAUGACGGUUCCUCCUCCUUCCCAGACUGCGGGUCUCAAUGGAAACGCGGAGCCGCCUGAACCAAACGUUUAAAGAACGUUCAAGUAACAUCUGUGCCAACUCGCUGAAGUGGAGGCUUAGCACAAUGCACAGACUUUCUCUCUUAUCUCUCAUUGAAGCUUUCAUUCUCUCAUUUUCUCUCUCUCUCUGUUAAAGAAACCGUUCACCCAGAAAUUAACAUUUGCUCUUCUUCAUGCCAUUCCAAACCCAUUUGACUUUCUUCCGUGUGAGUUUUUCCAGGAAUAUCACGCCAUUUUAAAAAGAGUUCAUUAAAAAAUAAAGUCUUUUUUUUCUUAUUCUUUUAGAUCAGGGGUUACCAAACUUGUUCCUGGAGGGCCGGUGUCCUGCAGAUUUGAGCUCCAACCCUGAUCAAACACACCUGAACAAGCUAAUCAAGGUCUAGGUAUACUUGAAACACCCAGGCAGGUGUGUUGAGGCAAGCUGGAGCUAAACCCUGCAGGGACACCGGCCCUCCAGGACCAAGAUUGGUGACCCCUGCUUUAGAUCAUAGUUUACAAUAGCCAUUGACUUCCAUAGGAUAUAUGGAAAUCCGUAGCCAACGUCAACUGUAUGGUGACCAGCAUUCUUCCAAAUCCAUUUUGUGAUUUAAGAGACGCUAAACAUGUAAGUUUUAAACUAUUUUAGGGUAAAUGUAUAUAUUUUUUAUAUGAGCUGUCUCUGGAAUUAGUGCCGUCCGGCCCCUGAAAUGUUAAAUCUUUUAAAAUAGUCAUUACUUUAAUAUAUUUUCAAAGAUAAAACUAUACUGGAAGACUUAUAGUGCACAUGUUUUAUGAAAGACAAAAUCACUGAUGAAAUUAUAUAUGUCUUAAUAUCAUAGCGCACUAAAGCCUGCUCACACCAAGAAUGAUACCACUAACAGUUUUAAUGCUAAAGCAUGAUAGCAUUGUUUAAUCUAUUUGCAUGCUGGAGUAGUUUUAUUGACUGCCAUUUUAAAUGCUGGCACUGUUUAAAAUAGUGUAUUCUGAUUGGCUCAAUCAUUUGUGAGAGAAAACAAAGCGUAAGUGAUUUUACCAGCAUCACUCCUCUCUUCAUCGAUCAUUUUAGUCACUUCCCCAUAGAUUAACAGUUAUUAAAGUUUGCCUUUGCAUUUUAAUAUCACAUUUAGCAGGUUAUUAUUUUAUAUAGUUACAAUAUUGCACUAAUACAAGCAAUCAGACCAUUGAGAUUUGAGGUAUAGAACAAUUUUGUUGUUUGUUGAAGUUGACCAGCCUAUCCAGGUUCUAUAACUUGAGAGUAAUUAAAGUGUGGUGCACCAAAACACACAGAUUAAGAUGGAAAUUAUAGUUGCUGUUGUCAUCCAUAAGCCAUUUAACAUUGGUUUGUUUAUAUCUAUAGUACACAUGCAAUGCACCAAGCAUUCCCACACAAAUUAAAAUGAUGAUAAAAGGACGUAGGAGUUUCUAUAAACUCCACUCAAAUGUGUCCGUGAGAUAUAUUUAACUGCAUGUUUACACUAGAUGGAAACAGUAUUGUGUUUUUUCUGACCACUGAAAAUGCUUGUAAUGCUUCAUUUCCUCUGAGUGGUAUGGUAUGGUGCGAUUCGGUACAGGUCACGCACAUCCAACUUGCAUUUCCACUGCCAAAGUUGCGAUCAAUGUUAUUCUUGCUCGAAAAGGAAAGCCGCAUGGGCUGUUUAUACAUUGCAUGUUGUGUGCGCUCAAGUUCAAUGUUUCAAAUUUAGUUCAGUAUUUCAAAUAGGAGGACACAGCCUGUUCUUGCUUCCUGUCCUGUGGCUGUUUGUCACAAGAAGAGACGAGCUUUGUUUGAUAAUUGUUUAUAGCUGUGCACCGCAAAUUUAUUAUGACGGUGUCAGGUUUCGGCAGUUUAUUUAAA